UUCAUUAAAUAUUUUCUUUGAACUAGUUCGUCCCAGAACGACACAAUUUAAUCUUUAGAUUUUGUUUAUUUAAUUGUAAUAAAUAGUGUAACGUCAGUACUAUUGGAAUUUCUCUUAUGGAAUCCAUUGUUUGUUUCCUUUGCACAGAAAACACUGCCAAAUGCAAUGACGAAUUUUAUGACGUCUUAUCAGCAAUUGUUCCAUUUUCUCAAAAGCCACUACAUGUUGUACUCCAGCAUUUGGGAAAUUGCUUAAAAUACAAGUUGAUUUUCCAAAAUGGCACCUAUGUUUGUGGCGAUUGUUUCAGAGAACUUGCCAGCUACGACAAUUUAAUGGUAAAUUUGUUAAAUUCUCAAAAACGUCUAACAUGUCAGUUGCACUACGCUCUAGCUGAGAAAAGCGGUCAGCCACAUUUUGAGAAUGAGGAACCCAUACAAAUUGAGCUAGAGUUUAAGGGCGACGCAAAUUUGGAAGAUGCCUUUAAUCCAAACCUCGACACGAAAGAGGAAUUGAUCGAGGUUGAGGAAGAAGAUGUUAUCGAGGAAAUUGUCGACGAUUCGACUGGUGAGUUUAGUAAUGGUAGUAGCCAAACGAAUUUCGACUUAGACGAGAUUGCAAGCACCGGAGGAGAGCGCAAGCGUAACCAACAGGACUGUCCUACAUGUGGAGCGAUCUUCACAUCUAAAUACCUGCUGCAAAGCCAUAUAAACGAGUCUCACAGUGGAAAACAAUACAUGUGCAAAAUUUGUGGCGUAUCAAGGAAAGAUGAAGAAUACCUUGAACUUCAUAUGAACAUUCACGAGGGUAAAACGGAGAAUGAAUGUCGCUACUGCCCUAAAAGAUUCUCCAGACCCGUGAAUACACUACGACACAUGAGAAUUCAUUGGGAUAAGAAGAAAUUCCAGUGCGAAAAGUGUGGAGAACGCUUUUCGCUGGAUAAUAUGCUGUACAAUCAUAGAUUGCGCCAUGAAGCCGAAGACAAUCCAGUAAUUUGUAGCAUAUGCAAUCAGUCAUUCAAGUCCCGUAAAACGUACAAUCAUCAUGUUAUGAUCCACCAAGAAAACCGGCCGCGACAUCAAUGCACUCUCUGUCCAAAAUCUUUUACGGAACGCUACACUCUGAAGGUUCAUCUCAAAACCCACAGUGAUCGGCAAAGUCCUACAAGCACAGUUGAAAUAAAACAGCCUCAAACAACGAAAGAUUCGAAAGAGGAAACAGAAGAAGCUAUUAAUUUAUUGGUUGCCGCUGACAGUGUGGAUAACUCUUGUGCAGCUUUCGAUAAGAAAUACGAAGAGAAAAAUGCUCUGGAGCAGCAUUUGCAUGAAGAUGCUGAUGUUAUACUAAAAUAAUGAAAUAUUGCUAAGAUGGUUAUCUAGUUCCAUUAUUACGAAAGUCCAAAAAAUAAACAGACCGAAUUCCUGAAAAAUGUCAAA